AUGCGGCAGGCAACCGGCGGUGCCAACGAGCCUAGCCACCCAGUGCGAAAACGCGAAUUGGACGCCAGAGCGCCAGGGCGCCCUGGACAUCCCAGAAAACUACACGCGGAGGAGGAGGAGGAGGAGGAGGAGGAGGAGGAGGAGGAGGAGGAGGAGCGCCAGUACCUCAUGCGUCCAUCGGUCCCACGGCACUCAACGCCUUGGGGGCUUCAGCCAGGGAUAAGGCCUGGCCAUUCCAGGCGGAGGCGGAAGAAGCGAGUAAUUGUCAGGCAUUUUCGUGAGCGCCGCUUUGAGGGCCACGAGAGAUUGAGACAGAUCGAGGGGCCGACCGUUCUGCCGCCCAUCCAUUUCAUUGGCUAUGUGGUAGAUGUAAAAGCACAGGGAAGUAGCAAGCACAGUAUUCUCUCGAGUUAA